UUCCCGUGUCGUCGUGAUAAAUUUCUAUCGGAUCUAACAACUCAACUCAAACAUUGUUCCUCUCUUAACAAAACCUAACCCUAGAUUUCCACCACCAUGGCCAUCGACUCUGAAGAACCCACCCAUCGUAAUCACCGCCGGUCCCCCUCCUCCGCCGAUGAAUUGGAAGAGCCUUCGAAGCGUCGCAAGCAUCGCCACCACCGUCACCACCGCCACCAACGCCGCAGCAGCACCCGCAAGUACGAUGAAUCCAAGCGCAAUGAAGAAGCAGCUCAUAUCGAAGCCCAAAGCAAGCGCCAGGAAGAAGUGGGGGUUGCUUUUCCACCGCCCUCGGGAUCGAAUUCUCGACCCGAUUAUGAUGAUAUGGAGGAAGGAGAGAUUGUCGAAGACGACGACGGCUUCGGCGGCGUUGAUACUGAUUUUGUGAAGAAGAGAAUGGAUUCUCACAUGGAAGUUAAGGCGGCUGAAGUUCGCGAUGGAUCUGAUCAUUACAAAACGGGAGUUCAUGGAGCUCAAAAUGAGUAUGGCCUUAAUUCUAGUCUUCCAGAGGAAGACAAUUUGGAUACAAGUGUUCAAAAUCCAAAGUCAUUGGGGCAGAGUGAUGACAAGUUGGUGAGUAAUGCGAUACUGGAUGAGAAUGUAAAUAUCAAUGAUGGUUGUAAAUUCCAUAAGGAGGUUGGUUUGCUAGGGUAUUCAAGUUCUGAGUUUUACCUUGAUGGGCAUAUUGGACAGGAAUCCCUUAAAGAAAACUAUAUGCCACUCACAGGAUCCAAGUCCCCUGUUAAAGAAAGGCGCAAGCGAAAGAGCUACCGUGAUGAUGACGUAGAUUCAAGGGAUUGGAGAAAAUCGUUGUCAUCUGGAAACAACGUGGACAAGCACAAAAAUGUGGCACACUCACCGUCAAAUGACAGAUACCAUGAGUUGAGGAAUGGAUCAAAGUCGCAUGAUCAGGCAAGGAAAAGAUCUCGGUCGCAAAGCAUCUUAGAAGAGGCUUCCCUCAUGAAAACAACUCAGCAAAAGGAUGCGCUACAUUAUACAGAUGACAGGAGAACUGUUUUUGAUUCCGAUGACGACAAAAUGGUUGGACGAAAUGGGAACUUCCAGCAUGACUCUAGGGAUUUGUUUAGGGAUAAACAAAGGGAACACAGUUCUAGUUAUAGCAGAUUUAGAGUGGACAGGCCCCACAGCCGAGAGACUCAGGACAAGGAGAGGGAGGGGAGUCGGGGGAUUUGGGACAGAGAUAGAGAAGGGAGGGAGAUGGACAGGGAUAGAAAAAGAGAGAGGGAACAGGACCAUGACAGGGAAAAGGCCACAGAGAGAGAUAGAGAUGGGGAGAGGGAGAGGGAGAGGGAGAACAGGGAAAGAGAGAGGGAGAGGGAGAGGAAGGAGAGUGGAAGGGAUAGAAUUAGAGAUAGAGAAAGGGACAAUGAGAGUGAUAGGGUUAGCAGGUUUCGUAAUUAUGAAAAAAAUGUUGAUGGUUAUAAUGAUCGAGAUAGGUAUUAUAAUUCCAAGCGUCGUAGACAAGAUGAAAGAGAACACAGGGACAGGGGCAGGAAACAUGAUCAAGAAAGAGAUCAUGUUGCUAAAAUUGAUCCAGUGAGUGGGGAUGAACAGAAAUCUAAAAGAGAUGAAGAUCAACAACAGGAGUAUCAAGAAAGGAUUGCAUUGCAACUUGUGGAUCAGGAAGAAGAAGAUCUUAACAGAAUUAAGGAGGAGAGUAAAAGGCGAAGACAGGCUAUCCUUGAAAAAUAUAAAACUCAGCAAUUACAUCAACAACAUGAGCCUCAUUUGGGGGAUAAGGAUAAGGAGCAUUUUGAGCAAAUUUCUGAGCUGGCAUCCACUGUUAAUGUUGCUCUGAAAACUCUUGAUGGAAGGAAUGAAAGUGUGGAUACCUGUGUUGCUGGCUCAGCUUUUACUGUGGGCAAAUCCCCUCCACAAAAUGGGAUUUCUGCUUUUGAGAGGAAUUCUGGUGCUGGAGGACUGGGAGAGGGUACUCCUAAGAGUGAGAGGUCAAAUGAUAUGUUUUGUGAUGACAUUUUUGGAGAGUCACCUGCUGGAGUUCGUAAAACAGGGAAAGGGGAUAGUGUAGCAAUUGAAAGGAGUGGUCUUCAUGACAAUUGGGAUGAUGCAGAAGGUUAUUACAGCUACCGGUUUGGUGAAGUACUUGAUGGUCGAUAUGAAGUUACUGCUGCUCAUGGAAAAGGUGUCUUUUCAACAGUAGUUCGUGCAAAGGAUCUUAAGGUUGGACCCGGUGAUCCAGAAGAAGUGGCAAUAAAAAUUAUACGUAAUAAUGAGCACAUGCAUAAGGCUGGUAAGGAGGAAUUGAUCAUAUUAAAGAAAUUAGUUGGUGCUGACCCAGACAACAAGCGCCAUUGUGUUCGUUUCCUUUCAUCCUUUAAGUACCGGAAUCAUCUUUGUUUAGUUUUUGAAUCCCUUCAUAUGAAUCUACGUGAGGUCUUGAAGAAGUUUGGCCGUAACAUUGGGCUUAAACUAACUGCUGUGAGAACAUAUGCGAAGCAACUUCUCAUUGCACUAAAGCAUCUCAGAAACUGUGGUGUUCUUCACAGUGACAUAAAGCCGGAUAAUAUGCUGGUAAAUGAAGCGAAAAAUGUGCUGAAACUUUGUGAUUUUGGCAAUGCCAUGUUUGCUGGUAAAAAUGAAAUUACUCCUUACCUUGUGAGCCGCUUUUAUCGUGCCCCUGAGAUAAUUCUGGGCUUGCCUUAUGAUCAUCCAAUGGAUAUUUGGUCAGUUGGUUGCUGUUUGUUUGAGCUCUAUACUGGGAAAGUUCUUUUUCCAGGUGCUACAAACAAUGACAUGCUUCGCCUUCAUAUGGAAUUAAAAGGUCCAUUCCCGAAGAAGAUGCUUCGGAAGGGAGCUUUCACGGAGCAACAUUUUGACCAGGAUUUGAAUUUUCUUGCCACAGAAGAGGAUCCUGUCACAAAGAAGACUAUGAAGAGACUGAUCCCUAGUAUCAAGCCGAAAGAUAUAGGUGCAAUAGUUAUGAGCUCUCCUGGUGAGGAUCCGAAGAUGUCAGCCAAUUUCAGAGAUCUUCUAGAAAAAAUAUUUGUGUUAGAUCCAGAUAAGAGGAUAACAGUAUCACAGGCAUUGAGUCAUCCUUUUAUCACGGAGCUUUGGGGACAGUUCUUGGCGUGGUGGAAGUCAAAAGAGAUGAUGUUUAGUCUGGAGGCCACUUGGCGGUCCUUUCAGUGGAAUAUUUUCUGUUCUAUUGAGAUCUACCAGUGCUAUGAGGCAACCACUCAGUGCUUUAGAUGCAUAAAGGCACUCUGGAGAAGGAAUUUGCACUUGGAGGUGUAUUGCUGCAGCCUUGAAGUGAAAGUACUGUUCAGGUACAACUCUCCAUGCUUCUGCACCUUAUUGGUGCAGGUAUGUUGGGAUCCUGCCCCUCCCUUCCACUUUUUGGACAAUGGUGGGAUGCAAAAAUGUGAUACCAGAUCUGUUAAAAGUACCUUAGGCUUGGGUUGUGGACUUGGAAACUCCCAUCUGGAUCUCUGAGGAAGUCUAAGAGAGACCACUUGAGUCCUGACAUGGUAUUUAGAUCCAUUGUGGUUGGUGAUCCAGUGUAGUGGCCAGAUUUUUGAACCGCAUAUUUGGUAUUUAGAUAAUUUAUUGGAUUGUUGGAAAAGGAUAUUAGCUUAUUCCUCUGGUUUAGAAAUUUUCCCUACUGUCAUGGAAUAUUGAGAUUGUAAUGAGACUCUACUUUUGGUUGAUUACCAAUGGAACAAUUUGCCCACUGGAAUGUGAUGAUGACAGAA